AAAAGUCCGUUACACACUUGACCAGCAUACACCAAAGUCUCUAUUAGAAUUCUGACGCUGCAUGGCAUCUCCCGGACAUAACGGCGCGGCCGCGUCGCCGCGCUCGAGCUUCGUGCUGCUAGAGAGCGACGGCCAGCUCUCGCCUGGAACACACAGCGACGGCGGGACUGUGCGUAACCGGCCCGGCCCGUACCGAACGCCCCAAUCCCUGCACUCGUUACGUCGCUUAUACCCAGCCACCCCGACAGCCCAAAGCGAUGGCGACGGCACCCGCAGUGAAGGCGGCGGCCUCCGCACGAAUUUACGACGUCGAGAAUCCAUCAGCGACCUGUUUCCCAUGCCUGGGGCCAGUGUCUUCACCACUCCAGCCAAUAUUAUGCCCACCCGAGAAGCCUCGAUUCUCAUUGAUACAGACGUACAACAGGCCGCAGCACAGGACGCAGGACACAGAAUAGGCCUGCAGCCAGCAGGCUCUUCGAUUCUCCACUCAGUGGUGGAGCAGAAGGGCGAAUUACGGGGUAGCAGACUCACCAGCUCCACUAAUGCAUCUGGACGGAACGAGGUCUUUGAAGGCGACACGCUGGGCCACAAUACGCCAAGUGAGAACACCAGAUCACGCAGCAGUUUCCUAGACGGUAUACCACCCAUGGAGCCCGUAGAGCGCGGUGCUCGGUGGAUGUUGAGGCUCCGAAGAUGCUGCAAAUGGCAGAAUAAACAGAUACAUCGCUGGAGGUUUCGACACAGAAUGGCGUCGCUCUGGAAACGUAUGAUGCCCAAUUGGGACUCUUUUGUACUGAACGUGACGUUGGCGAUGGCAAUGAUUGGUGUCGCUCUCGCAGUGGCCAUCGCCAAGGUGCUUUCGGAUGCAGCGCCGGAUCAGCUUCACAUGGUCGCACGAUGUGCUGUGCCUGGAAGUAUGGAGAGUUACUCGGCGUCGACUGCGUACUUGGCUGGAGUCCUCAUCCCUACAGUGAACAAUGUCGUGUUUUUUGUCGUGUCGCUGUGGAUGGGACUGCUAUGCAGUCGUAGUCGUAAACGUGUGCUUCGAAGCGCACCAUGCAGCAUCAGCUCCAACCUCAAGUCGGCGUUUAUGCUUCCGUGUUAUGAGGCGAUCUGGUAUACUAUCGCUGCGCUGUCGGCUGCUGGAUUGGUGCUGUAUUUCGUGAGCUUUCAAGCGUACAAAAGCGAUAGUGGCAAGACGUACAAACCGUUGACAUUGGAGGAUGAUCCCAACUAUCCGUGCAGUGUAGUGACUAUGCCAUCCGUCUGGGUGUUGCAGCUGCUACCGAUGCUUAUGAUCCAGCGUAGCGUCUCCCAGGAAGCAGUUCUACGCGCUAUCUGUUACUCGGGUGCAGUGUGCGUCAUCUUGGUGAUAUGCAACAUGACGCUGUACAAGGUCGGCCACGACAUCGCAGACGCGAUCGCGAUGGCCAUCUACGUACUGCUGGUUCUGUUCUACUUCUGGGCCAAGUUCGUCUUCCACGCUCGAUCUACUUUCGACUUCUUCUUCGUCAUCGCUGUGAUCACUUCGUUCGCCAAUAUUCUGAGUUCGAUAUUGGGUAUUGCUCACGUCGACGCGACAACUACAUUGCCAAUCAUUCACUGCGUUGUCACGGGACUGGACUCUCUCAUCGUCGUAGCUGUGAUGCUGUCACUACGCGCUGAUACUCGAUACUGGCUUGCAAUUGACGACAACGGAUCCGGUUCAACUGCUUCGUCUAGCGCAAUGCGUCGAUACGUGAAUUUACUAUCGGAGCGUGGUAUGAUCACGAAUUUCUCCACUCGUACGUCGGUAUACGACGUGCAUCACAUGAUCGAGGAGCACAGGCACAACGUCGUGGACUUCUCAUCUCUGGCUUUGGACUGCAUUAUCGCCCAAGGUGCUACGUCUAUUGUGAUGCGCGGAACGUUACGUAGAAGCACUCCUGUUCCUAUUGCGCUCAAGAUCUACACGGAUGUGCAAGUGACGAACGAAGAAGUCCAACGGUUUUCACGAGAGACGGCCUUGAAUGUUCAGUUGUCGCAUCCGAACGUCGUUCGCUUCUACGGUCUCUGCGUGGUACCGCCGUCUAUCUCACUCAUCUUUGAGUUCUGCGAGUACGGAGCGCUGGACGUGACUUUGCGUGAAAACCCCGAGAUCUGGACGCUUGCAGCAAAGCUCAAGGCGUGGCUGGACGCGUGUCGUGCUGUAGCUUAUCUGCACAGCUUCUCGCCUCCAUUACUGCACCGUGACAUCAAGACGGACAACUUUUUAGUGGGUCAGGACUUCCUCAUCAAGCUUGCAGACUUCGGAGAAGCCAACUUGCUGCGACCACGGACAGAUGGAACCAUGACGAUCGCCGGUACAGUCGACUAUAUGGCGCCGGAGAUGAUCAAGGGCGGCAAGACAGCACGGUACGGCACGGCGGUAGACGUGUACAGUCUCAUGAUCACAUUGUGGCAGAUCAUGGUACCCAGUCGCAGUCCUUGGGAGGCCAAGUCGCAUCUUGAAGUUUAUCGCGCUGUGGAACAUGGUGAGAGACCUCCGUUGCUUCCUACGAUUCCGAAAGCCUGCGCUGAGAUUCUUGAAGCUGGUUGGGCUGCUAAUCCAAGCGAUCGUGUUGCUGUGGAGGAUAUUAUCCCUUCAGUUCAUCGCUUAUGGCUGCUCGCGAUGCACCAAAAGCCUCUGAAGCGCACGGAUUUUUGAGAAAAAUGUUAUCCGGACGAUAACUUGGUAGGGCCUGUAUCUAUUUUGUAAUUUUUGAGUACCUUGGUCAUAAAUCACAACUCUGUUAAUGAUCGUGGAGGCCCCACUGCCUCUCCUUUCUCCUUA